AUGAAGCGUACAACUAACUUACUAAUAAUUUCUCUUAUAUUAUUUACUAAUUAUUUAUAUUAUGCCAAAUGUUCAAUAUACCACAAUUUAAAGUACUUUGAAACAUUGCACUCAUCGAGUCUUAACCAUCAUGUAGUAAAGAGAGGAACUAAGCUUUCAAGCCAUCCCUUCAACGUUAUCAAGGAGUUGCACUUCAGAACACUAGGGAAAGAUUUCAGAUUAAUAUUGCACCCGCAUAAUUCAGUAUUGCAUUCAAAUUUUAAAGCAUAUACUGUUGAUGGUGAUGGGAAAAAGACUAUUGUUCAUGUUGAUCGAGAUAACUUUUACACUGGUAGAGUGUUUGGUGAAACAAUGUCUGAUGUCAAGUUGCACAUAGAUGACGGAGUGAUUACAGGAAUAAUACAUACACCAGAUGAGACAUACCAUAUUGAGCCUUCUUGGCGUCAUUUACCAGAUCAGCAGGACGGUACAAUGAUAACAUAUCGGUCCUCAGAUAUACGCUUCAGUUGGGCGCAUGCUAAUGGGAGCAGGCCACGAGUUUGCGGCUAUGUAAAAGAGGGCCAAGAAUUGGAGGAAGACGAUGAUGACAGCUACAACGACAUUUUAGAAACUAAGCAGGAACAAUCUGAAAAGGACAAAUAUCUAGAAAAUUCUCAAGGGGCCCAGCAUGAGGCGGUAGCUCCUCAGCACGAAGACAAAGGUGCCCCCAACUACAAAAGAGUUAAGAGGCAAAGCGACUAUGAAUACACACCGACGAAAACAAGAUGUCCGCUGUUGCUCGUCGCCGACUAUAGAUUCUUUCAAGAAAUGGGAGCCAGUAAUACAAAGACUACUAUUAGCUAUCUCAUAAGCCUCAUCGACCGCGUACAUAAAAUCUACAACGAUACAGUGUGGCAAGAUCGACAGGAUAUGGACGGUUUCAAAGGAAUGGGUUUCGUUAUAAAGAAGAUAUUAGUACAUUCGGAACCGACGCGGGUGAGAGGCGGCGAAGCUCACUACAAUAUGGUCCGCGAAAAGUGGGACGUCCGUAAUCUCCUUGAGGUAUUUAGUCGGGAAUAUUCUCACAAGGAUUUCUGUCUGGCGCAUUUGUUCACUGACCUCAAGUUUGAGGGUGGUAUCCUAGGCUUGGCUUACGUUGGGUCCCCUAGGAGGAACUCUGUCGGCGGUAUUUGCACUCCAGAGUAUUUCAAGAACGGCUACACACUAUACCUGAACUCUGGGCUGAGUUCGUCUCGCAACCACUACGGGCAGCGUGUGAUAACUCGCGAAGCGGAUUUGGUGACGGCGCACGAGUUCGGCCACAACUGGGGCUCGGAGCACGACCCGGACGUGGCCGAGUGCUCGCCCACGGCCAGCCAGGGCGGCUCCUACCUCAUGUACACGUACAGCGUCAGCGGGUACGACGUCAACAAUAAGAGGUUCUCACCAUGCAGUCUGAGGUCUAUUAGAAAAGUGCUGCAAGCGAAAUCUGGGCGAUGUUUCUCCGAGCCGGAGGAAAGCUUCUGCGGGAAUUUGCGAGUUGAAGGCGGCGAGGAGUGCGAUGCCGGGCUUCUUGGUACGGAGGAUAAUGACAUGUGUUGUGACAAGAAUUGUAAACUUAGAAAGAAUCAAGGUGCAGUUUGCAGCGACAAGAACUCGCCGUGCUGCGCGGGCUGCGUGUUCGCGGCGGCGGGCGUCGUGUGCCGCGAGCCCGCGCACUCCGCCUGCGAGGGCGAGGCCACGUGCAACGGAGCCGCGGCGGACUGUCCCAAGGCGCCGGCCAUAGCGGACGAGCACGAGUGUGCGGAACGCGGGCGUUGCCGCAACGGCACCUGCGUGCCCUACUGCGAGACUCAGGGCAUGCACAGCUGCAUGUGCGACAUCGUUGCGGACGCGUGUAAACGCUGUUGCCGCAAGAGUCUGAACAAGACGUGCUUCCCUGUCGCACACAACGAUAUACUGCCCGAUGGAACUCCAUGCAUACAAGGAUUCUGUAAUAAGGGCGUCUGUGAGAAAACAAUACAAGACGUGGUAGAGCGAAUCUGGAAUAUAAUAGAGGACAUCAACAUCAACAACGUGUUGGGAUUCCUGCGGGACAAUAUAGUGGGAGUUGUUGUCCUUGUCACCGCUUUCGUGUGGAUACCGGCCAGUUGUGUGAUAAGCUACGUGGACAGACGCAGACAGCGCCAGCAUCAGAAGUAUCUCGAGUGGGAGAGACAGCACGACCUCGUGCAUCCCUCUUCCCCGCGCAAAAUCAUCCACACGCGAUUACCGAAGCAAAAGCCAUCCGGCAUAAAGACUGUCAUUCAAGGCACAAGUCAACUUUAA